AGGCGCGGUGACAGCGCAGAGCCGGGCCCGCCCCUGGCUCCCACCCCCGGAGCCCACAGCGCCCUCCCGCUCGCGGCCGCCCGGGAGCUCUUCCAGCCCCGCGCUCCCCUCACCCGCCUGCCGCCCGCGCCCUCCCGCCGGCCGCCCGCGCUCGUCCCGCCGCCGCCCGCGCCCGCGCCAGCCCCCGCUGCUCCUCUGACCGGUCAUAGAUGGGAACAGAAAGUUCUUCUACGAUGUCGUACAGACGAGAACUAGAGAAAUACCGUGACCUGGAUGAAGAUGAAAUCCUUGGAGCCCUUACAGAAGAAGAGCUGAGGACCCUGGAAAAUGAGCUGGAUGAGCUGGACCCUGAUAAUGCACUGCUGCCUGCGGGCCUGAGGCAGAAGGAUCAGACCACCAAGGCGCCCACGGGCCCCUUUAAAAGGGAGGAGCUCUUGGAUCACUUGGAAAAGCAAGCAAAGGAGUUUAAGGACCGAGAAGAUCUGGUCCCCUACACAGGGGAGAAGCGAGGAAAAGUCUGGGUCCCCAAGCAGAAGCCGAUGGACCCCGUGCUGGAAAGUGUGACACUGGAGCCAGAGCUGGAGGAGGCCCUGGCAAAUGCCUCGGAUGCGGAACUCUGUGACAUCGCAGCUAUCCUGGGCAUGCACACGCUCAUGAGCAACCAGCAGUACUACCAGGCCUUGGGCAGCAGCUCCAUCGUGAACAAGGAGGGACUCAACAGUGUGAUCAAACCUACACAAUACAAGCCUGUGCCUGAUGAAGAACCAAAUGCAACAGACUUGGAUGAAACGCUGGAGCGGAUAAAGAGCAACGACCCCAAACUUGAAGAGGUCAACCUCAACAACAUCCGGAAUAUCCCCAUACCCACUCUCAAGGCGUAUGCAGAAGCCCUGAAAGAGAACUCGUAUGUGAAGAAGUUCAGCAUCGUGGGGACACGGAGCAAUGACCCCGUGGCAUUUGCCCUUGCUGAGAUGCUCAAGGUGAACAAGGUGUUGAAGACACUGAACGUGGAGUCCAACUUCAUUUCCGGAGCCGGGAUCCUGCGCCUGGUGGAAGCUCUUCCAUACAACACUUCUCUGGUGGAACUGAAGAUCGAUAACCAGAGCCAGCCCCUGGGCAACAAGGUGGAAAUGGAGAUCGUGAGCAUGUUGGAAAAAAAUGCAACACUUCUCAAAUUCGGCUACCACUUCACUCAGCAGGGGCCCCGGCUGCGGGCGUCCAACGCGAUGAUGAACAACAACGACCUUGGGAGCUGCAGGGAACCCAGCCUGUUCCUGCUGCUGCUAUUACUGUGGCUACUUUCCUGGCCCUGUGGAGGCCUGACCAGAGAGUGACUCACAUGAAGUGCUUAAAAGAAGUGCCUCCAAACAACUUGGCUCAAAUGAAAGCAGCAAAGCACUGCCUGGAGCCCACUCUCCCCUAAGCUCCGGAGCAAGGUCCUGUAGCGCCAACGAAGAGCUGUUUGUGGUCAUCCUGCCUCCUGCCAAGGUAGGGACACUAAGCAGACAUGGCCCUUUUUGGCCCUUUUCUCCUCAUACAUGAGUCUCUUUUCCCAGAUGCUUGUAUCUUACUCUCAUUUCCCUCUGGUUUAACUCUUAGCCUUCUUUUUAAAUAUUUACAAGUUAAAAAAAUGAACAUAGAGCCAGCCAGACCUUUCUGUUUCCUGAUGAAAGGGGACAAUACUACCUAUGAAGUAGACUUGGGGAAAAAAAAGGAAAGAAAGAAAAAAGGAAAUCAAACCUGAACCUGAUCAAGUCUCUAGACAUGAGCUAUCUAAUAUGGUAGCCACUAGCCACAUGUGGCUAAUAGGCACUUGAAAUGUGGCUUGAGAUGUGCUGUAAUAAGGGUGACAUAGAUGCAGGAUUUCAAGGACUUAGUAUACAAAAAAAAGAGUAAAAUAUCUCAUUAAUAAUUUUUUACACUGGAUACAAGUUGAAAUAAUAUUUUGGCUACAUUCCAUUUAAUAAAGCAUAUUAUUGAAAUUAAUUUCACUUGUUUCCUUUUACUUUUUAAAAUGUGGCUACUAGAAAAUGUAAAAUUCCAUUGUAGCUCACAUUAUAUUCCUAUUAGACAGCACUAUUAUAAAUCUAACUACAGUUCAUAGGAAAUACAGAGGACAGAGGAACAUCCCAUGGAGAUGCAAUCAGCAUUAUACUGAUUGUGGGAAAUGCUAUAAGCAAAAUGAUCUAAUUCCUUCAAAAAAUAAACUGCAGGGGAAAAUAAAAGAUGGAAGUGAAUCUCUAGAUUAAAAGGGACUUUAGGAGACAUAGUGAUCAAUCACAAUGAGUGGACCUUACUUGCAUCCUGAUAGAAACAAACUUAAAAAAGUAUGAGAUAACUGGGAAUUUUAACCACUGGCUGGAUAUUUGAUAACAUUAAGAAAUUGCUGUUAAAAUGUUUUAGAUGUGAUGAUGGUUUUACAAUUAUUUAUUUUUAAAAAAACCUUUAUCUUUUAGAGAUAUCUACUAAAAUAGUUAUGAAUGAAAUGACAUGACAUCAGGAUUCUCUUCUAAAUGAUCCAGGAUGGGAGAAGGGGGUGGGGAUAGAUCAAAGCUGGCCAUGAGUUUAUAACUGUUGAAGCUGCGGGAGAGGUACAAGGGAGUUCACUGUACUGUUUUCUCUAUUUUUUUUAAUGUUUGAAAUUUUUCAUAGUAAAAAGUAAAACAAAACCAAAAAACCCAGCCAAACAAAUGUCUUUCAACCAUCUACGGUACCCAUGAGGCAGGGGCAAAGAGAACAUUCUAGAGCACUUGCAAACAAACUGCUUUGGUGUUGAAAGCCACUUGCUUCCUGUAGCAAAAAGCCUGUGUUUUAUUCAGUUGAUGAACUAUUUACAAGUAAUAAUUACACUCUUUCCAAAUUGUUAUCUUUGGAAAGAAAACAACUUCUUGCCAAACCAUCACCAAAAAGAAUAACUAAGCCAAGUCAUUCAAAGUAGUGAGUCUCCAAUCACCGGAGCACCAAAGAGAAGAACCAGUUUAAGCACUGAAUGACCCAAGUGUUAGCCACCCCACAGAUACUCUGAAGAGAGAACUCAUCACAACUCUUGCUGAUCAGAAUGUCUAGCUUUCACAUUUGUCUCUAUAUUAAGAUUUGUCCCUAUGAAGAAAAGGAAAAUGCUUCUUCUUAAAGCAAGCAUACCAGGCUUCUUAUAGGAGAUCCUACUAGGACUGAUCCCCAUGGGCACAAUCUCUGCAAACACACCAACACGCAAUUCUGGAAAACAGCAAGCUCCUCCUUUGCUGGUCUAGCCAAUGAGAAACAAAACAGAAUACAGUCUUUCUCUCCCAUUUCCAGGUAUAAGAUAUUUAUUCAGUUAAAUUAUCUGGAACAUUCUAUGCUCUAACUCCCUUUUCCCACUGAAACAGUUGUUCCUAAUUUGAGGUUUCUUAAUACUUCAGCUACCCUAUUAUUACACAACAGAUAUAAUUCUUACAUUUGGCACUUAUUUAUUGUGUAUCUACCAUGUGCAAAAAUGUCAAAUUGAAAAGGUGUUUCUAUAGCAAUAAGCAUUUAACUAUAAAACUGAAAUACCACUGAGCAAUUUCAACAUGUAAGAUUACAACCCAGCUUUUAAAGCUACAACCUUUUCUUUUCUUAUCAUCAUCACCAGCACUAACACUAGCGAGGUAUUCCCCACCACCUCUAUCACCCAUGAUGCUAAAGCAUAAAGUCACUCCAACAAAGCAGCUCUCUUGGGAGAGCAAUAGCUUUAUUCCCUGUGUGGUGUGAAGUGCAGAUCUGAUCCCACCAGGUUCACUAAACACGUAGUGAUCCUCUGAUACAGCCAGGUGGUCUCUCAAAUGAAC